AUGGGCAACAUUCUCUACUCGGCUUUUGUAGGAGCCAUCUUGGCCACCACACUCGUUUCGGCAGCCUCAACCCCCAAGGGCUGCUUCAAGAACCCACCGAAAAAUCAAGCUGCCCUCGGGACAGCAUACCCACAACUCAACAAUGCGAAAAUGACGGUGGCCAUGUGCGAAGAGUACUGCACAAAAUACCACAGCAGCGUCUUUGCUUUGGACCGCGGCCGAUACUGCACGUGCGGCGAUGCUGUCCUCCCCGAGGCGGUGGCAGCCACGAGCGCGCAGUGCAAGACAAAGUGCGGAGGCGACGCUGGAGCAAUCUGCGGCGCUACCGGCUAUUUCAACCUCUACGAGCUCGACACGUCCAGCUACCCGAGCGCCGGACAGUGGGGGCCUAUUGUCAAGUUUCCUGUCGUCCCCGUCUCCGUGGCUCUUAUUCCCGAGUCGGGUGACUUGAUUGUCUGGUCAUCUGGCUGGCCUGAUCGGUUCACCAACGGCGGCAACGGCAAGACUUAUACAUCCAUCUACAAUGUUCAGACUGGAAAUGUCAGCGAAGCCAUCAUUCAGAAUACUUCGCACGACAUGUUCUGCCCUGGAACCUCAAUGGACGAGUUUGGCCGCAUCGUCGUCACUGGCGGCUCCGGCGCCGCCAAAACCAGCGUCUUUGAUUUUCAAAACGGCCAGCGCUCCCCCUGGAUGCCUGCUUCCGACCUGACAAACCCUCGCGGCUAUCAGUCCAGCGUCACAACGUCCGAGGGCAAGAUCUUCACCAUUGGCGGUACCUUUAGCGGCAACGGCAAGCGGGACGGCGAGGUCUACGACGUCAACGCGAACAAGUGGACCAAGCUCCCCGGCUGCCCGGCAACCAUCAUGCGCGUUGCCGGCGGCCUGUACCCCGACAGCCACACGUGGCUCUGGGGCUGGAAGGACGGCUUUGUGCUGCAGGCUGGGCCGUCCAAGAAGAUGAACUGGUUCGACACCAAGGGCACGGGCGGCAACAAGCCAGCCGGCACCCGCGGCGCCGACCAGGACUCCAUGUGCGGCGUGACCGCCAUGUACGACGCGGCGGCCGGCAAGGUCUUCACCUACGGCGGCGGCCUGCGCUACACGGGCGAAAGCGGGUCCAAUGCGGCGCACGUCCUGACCCUCCCCGACACGCCGGGCGACCUCGUGGCGGUGGAGCGCGUCUCGGACGGCCAGUUCGGGCGCGGCUACCACAACGCCGUGGUGCUGCCGGACGGCAAGGUGUUUGUGGUGGGCGGCAUGUCCAGGAUGGCGCUCUUCUCCGACGGCAGCCCGCAGCUGUUCCCCGAGAUCUGGGACCCGGCCACGGGCGGCUUCACGACCAUGCGCCCGCACACCAUCCCGCGCAACUACCACUCGACGGCGAUGCUCAUGGCCGACGGUACCGUCUUCUCGGGCGGCGGCGGCCUGUGCGGCGCCGGCUGCUCCGCCAACCACUUUGACGGCCAGUUCUUCAGCCCGCCGUACCUGUUCCAGGCCGACGGCAGGACCCCCGCCCAGCGGCCCGUCAUCCGCAGCCUGGGCCCGGCCUCGGGGGCCAACGGCGCCGUCGAGGUCAGGGCCGGCGACCAGGUCACCGUCACCAUGCAGGACGCCGGCGCCUACAGCUUCAGCAUGAUCCGCACCGGCUCCACCACCCACACGGUCAACACCGACAGCAGGCGCAUUCCGCUCGCCGGCCAGGACGUGGGCGGCGGCAGCUACGUCGUCACCGUGCCGAGCGACUAUGGCAUCGCCACGCCCGGCUACUACAUGUUGUUUGCGUUGAGCGAGGCCGGCGUUCCCGCUGUGGCCAAGUUCUUCAGAGUAGGCUUGUAA